AUGGGAAAUAAAGCAAAGCGAUGGUAAGGCGAUAGUAACGAAGUGCAGUGCCAAAUGCCGACGCGUGAUGCGGGAUCGUUUCUGAACUCCGUUCUUAAAUUUUUAUCAUUAAUUUGAUAAUUAAUGAAGAUAGACUGUAAUAGAGAGUCAAUAAGAGGUUGAGGUUCAUGGGUAACAGACAUGGCCGUUCUGGGAUCGACAGCUACAACAGCAAAUUUCGGGAAAACGGCCCCAGCAACGGCUCUUUUAAUUAUGGUGACUUGCCUACAGCUCAGCCUCCACCUCCGCCUCACAGCCAGAGUUCAACGUUAACUUCAAUGGCUUCUCUUCCCUACGCCGUCGUCGAUUGCAGCUUGAGGGCAUUGGCCGGGCGGGCGGAGGGUUUCGGCCGUUUCUCCGUCGGUGGCCUUGAUGGACCACUCUAUCACGUCACCACUUUAGCAGAUGAUGGUCCUGGAUCACUUCGUGAUGGAUGUCGUCGAAAAGGACCACUUUGGAUUGUUUUUGAAGUUUCAGGCACCAUUGAGCUCUCAUCUUACUUGAGUGUAUCUUCAUACAAGACAAUUGAUGGCCGGGGCCAAAGGAUAAAACUCACUGGCAAAGGCUUAAGGCUGAAGGAAUGUGAACAUAUAAUUAUAUGCAAUCUGGAGUUUGAAGGUGGUAGGGGACAUGAUGUUGAUGGCAUUCAAAUAAAACCUAAGUCGAGGCACAUAUGGAUAGAUCGUUGCAGCUUGCAGGAUUAUGACGAUGGACUGAUUGAUAUCACUCGUGAAAGUACAGAUAUAACUGUUUCAAGAUGUCAUUUUUCGCGGCAUGACAAGACUAUGCUCAUUGGUGCAGACCCCAGUCACACUGGAGACAGAUGCAUACGAGUUACCAUUCACCAUUGCUUUUUUGAUGGGACCCGACAGCGUCAUCCUCGUGUUAGAUUUGGCAAGGUUCAUCUUUACAACAAUUACACCAGAGGUUGGGGCAUAUAUGCUGUUUGUGCCAGUGUAGAAUCACAGAUAUACUCCCAGUGCAACAUAUAUGAAGCAGGGCAGAAGAAGAAGGCUUUUGAAUACUAUACGGAGAAGGUAUCAUGUUUAUCUCUUAGCCUUUCUAGUAUAAACAUUAGUGUAAUUAGCAUGCUUGCUUGGCAAGUUUUGUGGUUUUGAUUGAACAAAAUUUAGAGUGGAAAAUUUUCUCCUUGUGCAAAUAAUAUGGCUUUCAGCAUAACACUAGGAGAAAAUGAAACAAGAAAUAUAAGGUGAAAAGAAGGUGGCUUACAAUGCAAUACUAAUAUACAUUCCAAAUUAGGAUUAUUUCACCCUAAACAAUAAGCCCACAUACUAAAAUAGGUUGAUGAUUUAUUUAUACUCAAUUGGAUAUUUAUUAUGGGAAUGCAUUCUAUCUGGAAGUGCGUCCCUUUGCGCAGACACAGGGGGUGCAAAAUGACCACCACACUCCUCCUGGUUGAUGCCUACACGCACUCUCAUUGCGCCACACUCCUGGAUAGAAACCAUUUUCCCAUUUAUGUGUUGUUCAGGAGGGAUGACAAGUUGACAACAAUGAAAACAACAACUUAGCCUUUUCCCAACUAAAUGGGGUCGGCUACAUGGAUAUGCAUUAAAGGAAAUAUAAAGGAAAAAAAAGAAAGGAAAAA